AUGGCUACCGCCAACGUCAAUCGCCCUACCAACAUCAAGGAGAAGGAUGCCGACAUCAACCGCAAACUCCAGGUCUAUGGUAUCUUCCGCGCUUUCCAGGCCGGCAAGGUCCCUUCCAAUGACCAGAUUGAUGUCGCUCUGAACAGCUUUUUGCAGUCACCCGCCCUCUCCAAGCCCUCCACCAAACUCUCCGCCGACGGCAAGCUCCUAAUUGAGGACACCCGCGAGGUCAUCAGACUCGCCAAGAACCUUGUCCUUUCCAAGAAUGACGGCAACCUCAUCCAGGACUUCAUCUGGCAGACCACACAAUUUGACGCCAAGUCCGUCCAGGGCCCCAAGGCUCCCAUCAGCAAAGAUUCUGCCGAGAAGGAUGGCGAGGAAGCCCUUCAGGGUUUGAGAACCCUUGGAACCCUGCUCAUCACCAAUGGACAAUUCCGCAAGCUGCUCAAGGACUCGACUGUCCUCUUCCGUGACAUUGCUGGCGAUGCCGCUAGUAACGCUGCUGGUCGCGUCCGCCCAUCGGAAGAUGAUCUCGCCCAGAUUGACCAGGCUGCCGAGGACAAUACCUGGCAUGAGGCCCCUAAGUGGAACAAGGAAGACCUCAAAAAGCAGGCCCAGGGCUUCUAUAAGGGCAACGCCAAGCAGGAUGCUCAGGAGGUUGCCGAAAAUGUCAAGUCUGCUGCUGCUCCCUCUUCUGGUGAUGCCCGCGACGCCAACGUCGCUGCCGGCCACGAGACCGCCAAGUCUUCUCUCAAGCAGAAGCUCGACAAGAAUGUUGAUCCCGAGACCCAGGAGAACAUCAAGGCGAAGAAGGAAGAGCAGCGUCGCAAGGCUCGGGAGUACUUUGACAAGAAAAUGCCUGCCGAGCGAAAGGAGCAGAUCAUCUUCCGCCUCAAGAAGAUGGUCAUUGAGUGCCAGCAACACACCGACUACUCUCAGGCCGUCCAGAGCCUCCUCCGCCUUGCCCGCACCUAUGGCGAACACGGUCGCUCCCUCGGUAAGGAGUCUGGCGGCUCUCUGAACCAGGCCCGCAGCGGCUUCGCUGCUGCCGAGGCCGACCUCCGCACCCUGCUUGAGCGAUUCGCAAACGGCACUUCCACCUCUAAUCUCUGGAAGUCUAUUGGUCAGAUCUACCAGGACGCCCAGAAGGACCCUGAGCUCAAGGGCUGGUUUAACAACAUGGACAAGUACAUUAACCGCCUGCUCCUCGAACAGGGUUACGUCCUCGAGGAACAGUCCACCAAGGACUGGGAUGUUCUUUACCAGCAAGGCCGCCAUUUGCUUCGCGAGAAGUACAAGGGCCACUCUGACAACGUGAUCGACGAGAUUAAGUUUAUCGGCGAUCAGUUCGAUAAGGACCCCCAGAACAAGCAGUUCGGUGCUGCUGUCCAGAAGCUCUUCAAGAACCUCGGCAACAACGCCGAUGGCAAGCCCGAAUUCAAGCCCCACCUCGUCAAGGAUGUUUUCGAUGUCAUUCUGCCCUCCAUCCUCCGCAACAUUGCCUACAUCCCCAUCCCUCGCAUCGAGUACUCUGACCCCGGCUUUGACGCCGUCAUUGAGAACCUCAUCCUUGAGAGUGACAAUUUCAUGCCCAAUGUUGCUGAGCUUGUUUCCAACAACAACUGGAAGUGGGGUCGCAGGAAUAUUACCAAUCGCAACCAGAACAUGAUUGACCUCAAGGUCUCCGGUAUCCAGAUGGAUCUGCGCGAUGUUAGCUACCACAUUAAGCGCAAAACCGGUUUCCCCAAGAUCACCGACACUGGUGUUGCUGAUAUCCUUCUACCUGGCGAUGGCUUCUCCUUCCGCAUGAAGGUCUCCACUGCCGAUAAGACUGAUCGCCAGAACAUUUUCAAGGUGGAGAAGGUUGACGUUGACUUCAAGAGCCUGAACGUUAAGCUCAAGAAGUCCAAAUUCAAGGGUCUCUUUGCCAUCUUCAAGCCUGUCCUGCUCCGUGCCCUGCGACCUGCUCUGCAGAAGGCCGUUGAGAAGGCCAUCAAGGAUCAGUGCAACGAGUAUGACCGCACUUUGUACGAGCUUAAGAAGGAGGCCGAUCGGGCUGGCGAGCACCCUGGCGAGGAUGGCAAGAAGACAAACUUCUUCAAGCGCUUCUACGACGCCAGCCAGCAGCGCGCUCUCAAGAACAAGCAGCAGCAGGAGCAGCUCAAGAAGAACAAGUCGGAUGACAAUAAGAAGAUCAACAUCACCAUGACCGACGACGAGUCCAUCUUCCCUGGUCUCAAGUUGCCUGGCGGUGUGAGCUCCAAGGCUACCGAGUACAAGCAGCUUGCUCUCAAGGGCGAGAAGUGGGAGAGCCCUGUCUUCUCUAUUGGUAACGCCAGCAAGAGUCGGGACAUUCCCGCCGCUCCACAGAUCGUGAGCAAGACCCGCGGACCCACGGGAGCUGGCGCCGGAAGCGGUGUCGCUGGCAGUGGAAACGCUGUGGGUGGAAAUACUCUCGCUGGCGCAAACGAAAUCGGUGGCGGCGGCGUCGCUGCUGGCAGUGGAAUUGCUGCCGGCAACGGUCUUCACUCCAACGGCAACGCCCUCCACGCCAACGGCACUGGCCUGAAUGCCCAUGGCAAUGGCAUCGCCAACGGUCAUGGCAUUAAGAAGACUGCUGCCCCGGCUCUCGAUCCCACCAACCCUGUUCCCAUCAACUAA